AUGGAUGGCAAAUCUCGACCGCCGCCACCGAAUGGCGCGCCAGUCGGGGGAGGGGGAAAUUUUACGCCGGACGAUUGGGUAGAUGCGGGGAAGGAUGAUGAUAUUGUGGUUGGCCCUGCUGUUGAUGGUGAGGUUCCGAGUACGAAGUCGAGCGUUGGUGGUGAUGCGGUCCUGGGGGGUGUGGUGGAGGAGGAUGUGGUUGUGGUUGUGAUUGCUGCUGAGGAAACAGGGGUUGAGGUGGGAAGGGGCCAGUUUGGGGGGGCCCCGGAUGGUGACCAGGCUGCUGCUGCUGCGGCGGCGGCGGAGGCCCGUUCUGCUGCAAUUGCUGCUGAAGCUGGUGAUGCUGCUGCUGAGCGGAUUGCAGCGAAGGGCCGUUAG